AUGCAUAUAUUGGUGGUCAACGACGACGGUCCGCCGUCCAGACGCCUCUCCCCAUACAUCGAGCCACUAGUGACGGCUCUCGAGUCCGCCGGCCACCGCAUCUCCGUGGCCAUUCCCGCCGCCUCCCGCUCCUGGAUCGGCAAAGCCCAUCUAAUCGAAGCCUCCCUCACAGCCACCUAUGUCCCACCAGCUGCCUUCCGCGGUGAUGGCACAUGGGAUGAAUCCUUCCAACAAGAUCCUACCACUACUUCCAACAACGACAAUGACUGGGUCAUAAUCACCAAUGGCACCCCAGCCAGCUGCGUCCAACUCGGCCUCCACAACCUCUUCCCCGACCGCGGCCCCAUCGACCUCGUCAUCUCCGGCCCCAAUCACGGCCGCAACGCCUCCACCAUCUACAACCUCUCCUUCGGCACCGUCGGCGGCGCCCUGGAAGCAGCCACAUGCGGGAAACGUGGCAUCGCCAUCUCCUUCGGCAGCAAAGAUGAACAGCCCCUAGAUAUCAUCCACGCCGCGGCUCGUCUCGCUACAAGAGUCGUCAACCAUCUCAUCCAGAACUGGGAUGACCAGGUCGAGCUGUACAAUGUGAAUGUGCCGAUGCGUCUGGACGUCGAGUCCCGUCCUGUGCUGUGGACUCGCACGUACCCGUAUUACUGGGCUAGAGGGUACUUGUACUCUGAGGUGUCCGGGGAGAAGGCCGCGCCUGUUGGAGUCAAUGGACAUGCUAAUGGGGAGGAGCUCACUAAUGGUACCACUACUCCAUCGAAGACAGCCACACCCAAGAGUGAGACUGGUCUGAAGAAACGCAACUUUGCCUGGGCGGCGGAGUUGUCUGAUAUGAAGAAGGCGCUGCAGGAGAGUCCCGAGGGGACGGAUGCUCAUACUGUUCUGAGUGGGUGUACUAGUGUCACCGCUCUCCGCGCUAACUUCUGGCAUGUUCCUGGCCUGGAAGGGCAAUUGCUGCAUCUGGACUGA